AAAAUAAUUCGAAAUAAAAUAAAGUGGUUAAUGUUGUUUAUUUAACUGAUUUCAAUAAAAUGAGAUAGCGUUUAAUUCACAAAAUGACUGAAAUCAAGAUAGAAUCGUCAGAUGUGUUGGCGUGUCGUAUUUGCCUCGCCACAGACACCAAACUGUUUGGAAUAUAUGAACACCAACUCGAUGAAACUUUUGCCGAUGUGAUGGGCACAACGUUAUCCGCAUGGGACGGCCUGCCGCAGCACUUGUGUUCCUGCUGCCGGGCGCUCCUGCUCAAGAGCUGCGGGCUCCGGGAGCGCUGCUACCGCGCCCAGGACCUUCUCAAGCAAAUUCUGGUUCAUCAACAAUUUUUAACAACAGACUUCAUACGCACCAUAGACAGGAUAACCAACCAGCUGUCACUGCAUCUAACCAUAGACAAUCUAGAUCAACCAAUCGAAAUCACACAUGACGAAAACCAUAAAGAGUACAUAGAUUUUAUCGACAAUGAUCAAACUAUAGCUCAUGAUGUAUACAAUGAUGCUGAUUCUAUAGAUGAUGAUGAUGAUGAUGAUUUGCCAUUAAAACAAAUAGAAAAAAGAAUAUCCCCCGAGGAAAAAGAACCUCUAAAAAAAGUGUUAAGAAAACGAAAAGUAGUCAAAGAGGUUAAAAAGAGUAGAAAUGUCAAAAAAGUUCCUAACAUAACUGUUAAGAAAGUAAAAGUGAAAGAGAAAGUAGAAGAUAAGACAGAGAAGGCUUAUAAGAGAAAGAAGAAGGGUUUCAAAAGGUUUUUUAGUUGUGAAGAGGAUUAUAUCAAGUUUGAGAAUAAUUAUAAUAUCAGUAUAGUUAAGGUAAGUGAAGAGGAACAGCUAAAAGACAUGGAAGCGCGCAAGCAGUCGGCCAACUAUGCGCGCGCGCUGCUGCGCUGCGACAAGUGCUACAAGGGGUUCCUCUCCGAGGCCACGUUCGAAAACCACCAGAAAAUGCACGACCCGAUAAUGGGCUCUAACGAGUGCCACCUCUGCUUCGCGCGCUUCAAGCACCCGACGCGCCUGCGCCGACACAUGGAGACACACACUCUCAAGUUUAUUUGCAAACUCUGCCCACUCGUCACUCGACACAGAGGUAUGGCCAUGAUGCACUCGGACUUCCACUCGGGCAAGACGUUCGAGUGCAAAUACUGCGGCCUUACCUUCAAGAAGAAGACCACGUUCAACACGCACAUACGUGUGCAGCACCCUUUAGAGAACGCGUCGGGCGGCACGUGCGACGUGUGUGGGGAGACCUUUAUCGGGAAGCGGGGCCUGCAGCAACAUAAGACCAUGGCGCAUAGGAAGAUGCCCAUCAAAGAGCUGAAGUGUUUCGUGUGCGGCGUACAGUUUGAGAACCUCGACGCCGUGGUCAGACACGCGUCAGCUGACGGAUGCGACCCCAAACUAAGAGCGUGCCCGCAGUGUGGAGAGACGUUCCUUACUGAGGAGCGACUCGCGGCGCACGCGGACAGCGCGCACGUCAAGCCGGUCUACAAGUGUGACGACUGCGACAAAUCGUUCGCAACCAAGUCCUCGCUCGGCACGCACGUGGACCGCGUGCACCUCAAGAUCAAACCUAAGAAGAUCGGCUUCUACAAGUACCACAUGUACCCGAGGAAAGUGCAGAUCAAGCGGGUUGAAGAGAUCUGCGAGGUGUGCGGGAAGGGGUAUCCGAGCUCGACGUGGCUGAAGUACCACCAGCGCACGCACACGGGCGAGCGGCCCUACAAGUGCCCCGCGUGCCCCAAGAGCUACAUGACGCCCGCCGCGCUACAGAGCCACUCGGUGUCGCACACGGGCGUGCGGCGCUGGCAGUGCUCCGUGUGCCCCAAGACCUUCCUGCACCAGUCCUCCAUCUACAAACAUAAGCUGGUACACACCGGUGAAAAACCAUUCGCCUGCCACAUCUGCAGUAAAACCUUCACGCAGUCGGGCUCGCUCGCCACACACGUCAAAUACGUGCACAUGAAGCUGAAGCCGCCUCCGCGACGCCGGAGACACCAGCCCGCGUAGCGUAGCUACUAAAUACAUAUGGUUCAUUAAGUGGAGAAACCAUACACGUG